AUGAAGCUCCUGAUUCUGGUGGGGCUUCUUGGGUUGGGUUUUGCCCAGCACAACCCAAACAUGAAAAAUGGUAGGACUUCCAUUGUUCAUCUGUUUGAGUGGCGUUGGGCAGAUAUAGCUCAAGAAUGUGAGAGAUACCUAGCACCAAAUGGCUACGGAGGAGUUCAGGUCUCUCCCGCAAGUGAGCACGUCAAGCUGUCCAAUCCUUGGCACCCUUGGUGGCAGAGGUAUCAGCCGAUUGGCUACAACUUGUGCUCCAGAUCAGGAACAGAGGCAGAGCUGAAGGACAUGAUCACACGCUGUAACAAUGUUGGGGUGAACAUUUACGUGGAUGUUGUCAUCAAUCACAUGUGUAAAUCAAUUCAUGGAGAGGGCACUCCUUCCAGCUGUGGAUCCAAGUUCAAUGGCAACAAGGAGGACUUCCCCUCUGUUCCCUACUCAUAUUUGGACUUCAAUGAUGGCAAAUGUAAAACUGGCAGUGGGCACAUUGAAAACUACCAUGAUAUUUACCAGGUCAGGGAUUGUCGCUUGGAAGAUCUCCUGGAUUUGGCCCUGGAGAAGGACUAUGUUAGAGGAAAACUGGCUGAUUAUCUGAACAAACUGAUCGACCUGGGUGUGGCUGGAUUCAGAGUCGAUGCUUGUAAGCACAUGUGGCCUGGUGACCUUACUAAUGUCUAUGGCAGACUCAAGACCCUCAAUACCAAAUGGUUUCCAUCUGGCACCAAGCCCUUCAUUUAUCAAGAGGUUAUUGACUUGGGUGGGGAGCCCAUUAAAGCCAGUGAGUACUAUGGGCUUGCAAGAGUGACAGAAUGCAAGCACAGUGCCACUAAAUGGGAUGGAGAGAAGCUAAGCUAUCUGAAGAACUGGGGAGAGGGCUGGAGUUUCAUGCCUUCUGAUAGAGCUGUGGUGUUUGUGGACAAUCAUGACAAUCAGAGAGGCCACGGCGCUGGUGGAGCUUCUGUUCUGACAUUCUGGGACUCUAGGCUUUAUAAGAUCGGUACAUGACUCAUGUUGGCUCAUCCAUACGGUGUGACCAGAGUCAUGUCUAGCUACCGCUGGGAUUGUAAAAUUGUGAACGGAAAGGAUGAGAAUGACUGGAUGGGCCCUCCAAGCUUUUCUGAUGGAUCCACUAAGCCAGUACCCAUCAACCCAGACUCCACCUGUGGGGACAAGUGGGUAUGUGAGCACAGAUGGCGCCAGAUCAGGAAUAUGGUGAUUUUCCGCAAUGUGGUCAAUGGUCAGCCUCUCUCCAACUGGUGGGACAAUGGUAAUAAUCAGAUCGCCUUCAGCCGCGGAAGCAAAGGAUUCAUUGUCAUUAACAAUGAUGAUUGGGCACUGAAUGUGACGCUGAACACUGGCCUGCCCAUGGGUACAUACUGUGACGUGAUCUCUGGAGAUAAGAGUGGGAGCACUUGCACAGGAAAAAAGGUGUCUGUGGGUUCUGAUGGACGCGCCACCUUCAGCAUCAGCAACACAGACGAGGAUCCAUUCAUUGCCAUCCAUGCUGACUCCAAACUCUAG